AUUCAAUCAUGAUGAUCAUCAAAAAAAUGAUAAACAUACUAAUAAGGAUACAACUAUUGUCGAUAUGUCACAUCUACAACUUAAUAAUUCAUCACCACGAUCAUCCAUUUCUAUUACAGCCAUUAGUCCACCAGCACCAUCACAUCCUAAACUUGAAGUAAAGUCAAAACCAAUACCACCCAUCACAUUACCAUUGAGGACCAAACAAAAAGAAGAAGAUGCUGUCGUCAUCACAGUCCCCACCAUUUCCAUUUGGACAGCUGCAGAACAGGGAGAUAUCGCCACUUUGACCUACUAUAUUCGCCAGAGUCCCGACCCAGUUGCCAUGUUAAAUAAAAGAGAUCCAAAAACCGAAUGUACCUUGCUUCAUCUUGCUGUCAGUCAUGCACCCGAACCCUAUGCUGUACUCGAUUUGUUGUUAACCCACGGAGCCGAUCCUUGUGCACGCAAUGUCUACAAUGUACAAGCACUUCAUACGAUCCCUUUACAUUGUCAAGCACCACGUGAUUGUCUUGCCUUGUUACUUGCCCAUGGAGCUCAUGUCAAUGGUCGAGAUGGUGAUGGUUGGACCCCAUUACAUUACGCCACCCGGUUUUGUCAAUCAUCUUUAUUGCCUGUCCUAGAAUUGUUGAUCCAACAUGGUGCAGAUGUGAGCCUAGUCGAUUCAUCACGUAAAACCCCUCUAUUCGGUUUAUUGGCUAAUGGAGAUCAUGUCGAAGCCCUUGCCUACUUGAUUCAAAUCGCCCACAGUCCAUUGCAUCUUCGAGGAGAUUUCUUGGAUCCUAUCACUCGUCGUACCCAUCCUGGUUCCAUCAUCUUGCAAGCUGCCAAAUAUCUACGACUGGAUUGCCUGGAUUGGUUAUUACAUUCUUCAACCGCUAUGGACCAACUGAAUCCUAUCUUGACCCGUACCGAAUUGAACUAUGCCCUUCGACUUGUACAACAACAACAACAGAAAAAACCCCAUGUUUGCCAGAAAAUAAUCACUUUAUUGGAAACAUUAUUCACCACCAUUAGAGAUGAUACAGAAAUAGGAACCACACAUAAGCGAUUAUCCAUAUUAUCCAUCAGAAGAAGAGAACCACAACACAAUAAUGACAAUGAUGACUAUAGUCAGUUCAGUGACGAUAACAUAGAUAAAAAACCCAAAUUUCUUGAACGUAUGAUAUCACUAUUAACAAAAUAAAUGUUGGGUUUUUUUUUUGUUACCUGGUGGAUGAUUGACUUGUAUAAUAGAUGGAUGAUAUUAUAAAAAUAAUAAUAUCAAUGAUGAUUGAUUGUAGUGAGCACCAGUUUUGAUGAUGAUCAGUAAAUAAUAUAAAUAUAAGUUGGAUGAUUGCUUGAUAAUAAAAUAAUAAAUAUAAAACUUAAGAUGAUUGAUUUCUUAAGAGUGGCC